AUGGCCCCCAUCAUCCACCUAGUCCGCCAUGCGCAGGGCUUUCACAAUCUUAGCCUCGAGAACCAGAAGCUGCGAGACCCGGAUCUGACCCCGCUGGGCAAGGAACAGUGUGCAGAGCUUUGCAAGAACUUUCCCGACCACGACAAGAUCACGCAACUGGUGGCCUCGCCCAUGCGGCGAACCCUCUACACCUGCUUGCUCUCGUUUGCGCCAGUGGCCGAAUCUGGGCGACCGGGCAGCAAGGUGAUAGCUCUCCCAGACGUCCAGGAGGUGUCGCUGUAUGCCUGUGACCUCGGGACCGACGUGGACAAGCUCGAGGCCGAGUUUGGUGACAAGGUCGAUUUCUCGUGCGUGCCGGCGGGCUGGAACGACAAGUCACCCGCCAGCAAGUACUAUCCCACCCCGCAGAAGCUGGCGGCGCGGGCACGGGACGCGCGGUUGUGGCUCCGCGACCUGGCUAGCAAACUCGGCGACGAUGCGCAGAUUGUGGUGGUGAGCCACGGAGGCAUCCUGCACUUUAUAACAGAGGAAUGGGACGACAUUGAGCCUGGCCGAGGCACCGGGUGGUUCAACACGGAGCUGAGGUCUUACGAGUUUGCGGACCCGUCGGGCCAAGAUCCCAAUGCGUCGCUGCAGGAGACGAAGCCAAGCUGGCGGCGGCGCAGGGGCAGUCAGGCCCCUCUGACGGCGACAGAGCAGGUGCAGAUGCGCGAGGCGUUUGGCAACAGUCUCAGCGAGCAG